AUGUUGUUGGAGGCUGUACUCUUCGUCUACAUGGCAGUGACCAUCAUAUCCAGGUCGAAGGCAGAGGAGAUGGACCUCAAUGGGUCGCUCGGGUUAAGUUGGCUGAUUAUAGCCUUUGUCAUCGCUAGAGGUGCACUGAGUCCUUCCGACAUCGUUAAACGAGAGAGCACCUUGGUGAUGACCAUAUUCCAUGCACUCAACUCAGCAUUCAUUGUCUACCAGUAUCUCUUCAAUGAAGCUGUGGAGAUUAGUUUGAACGCAUUCGCGGUGGAUCUCUCCGUUUCCAUCGGGCUAUUCUUGGCCAGCCUUUACUGCAAUGCCAUUUAUCGACGAACACUCCAAAUAGCAGACUCCAAGUCAGCCACCACAGAGGGUGCGGCAUCAUCAAAGAGGGAGAUAGGGAAGGCUUCUUCGAGGAAGAAGACGAAAGAUGCUAAGACUGCAUAG